GCCGUUGCAGCACCGCCUUUUCAAAUCUUUAUCACACACACACACACUCUCUCUCUCUUAUCUUGAGAUCAUCCCCAUCCUCUCCCUUCUCCGCCAUGGACGACCUCUCCGACCUCGAGCUCUUCGACGAUGAAUCCUCUCAAUCUCAAGCUUCCGAACCCUACCUUCUUGGUUUCGUUAUCGCCAACAUCGUCGGCCUCCGGUACUACCACGGCACCAUCAAUCGCCGCGAGAUGGUCGGUCUCGUCCGAGAACCGCUAAACCCUCAUGAUCCCAACGCCAUCAAGGUCAUCAACGUGCGCGCCGCCCAGGUUGGCCACAUCGAGCGCUCCGCCGCCGCCGUUCUUGCCCCACUUCUUGAUUCCUUCACCAUCUCCGUCGGAGCGAUCGUUCCAAAGCCCCCUAAUACUCCCAAACCCUACCGCCUCCCCGUCCAGAUUCACAUUUUCGCUCGCCUUGCUGCUUCUGCCUUUGUACUGGAUGCCCUCGCUGGUGGUGGUCUCUCUCUUAUCUCUGACCCUAACCCUGGCUUUGCCCUCUCUGAAGCAGCCAUUGUUCAAGAGAAGAAGCCCAACGAAGCCACUAGAUUGGAUGAUGUAUUUGCGAUGGUUGGCAAGAAUGAUGUGGGGAUUGUGCCUCUUGAGCCUCAGAAAGACAUUGUCUUGACAGAAUUGCUUCCGCACCAGAAAGAAGCUCUGGGAUGGCUGGUUGAUAGGGAGGAUCCUCGCAAUUUGCCACCUUUCUGGGAAGAGAAGGAUGGGGGUUUCUGCUUUUUGCUUACAAACCAUCAGACUAGUGACCGGCCGGAACCAUUGAGAGGAGGAAUUCUUGCAGAUGAUAUGGGCUUGGGUAAGACCCUCACUUUGCUUUCUUUGAUUGUUACUAAUAGACCUAGUUAUACUGCGCAUGGUAGUAAGAAGCCUAAUUCGCGGAAGAAAGCUGGGGGAUCUCGAAAAAAACGGAAGCUCAAUGAGGAGGAUGAUCAAGUUUCCGGGCCGCGGACAACAUUGGUUGUGUGCCCGAAAUCAGUGUUGUCCUCAUGGGUUACUCAGUUGGAAGAGCAUAUCCAAGUUGGAGCUUUGAAGGUUUACUUGUAUUAUCAAGAAAGGGUUAAGGAUAUUGAAGAACUCAAGAAGUAUGAUAUUGUAUUGACCACUUAUAAUACAGUGGCAUCAGAGUAUGGUUCUGGGGCUUCUACCUUGGAGAGCAUUGAUUGGCUAAGGGUUGUGCUGGAUGAAGCUCAUGUUAUAAAGAAUACUGCAAGUAAGCAGGCGAAAGCUGUCUUUGCAUUGAACGCGGAGAGGAGGUGGGCAGUCACAGGGACCCCGAUUCAGAAUCGGUCGUCUGAUUUGUAUUCACUUAUCUUGUUCUUGAGAUUUGAGCCAUUCGCGACCAAGACCUAUUGGACGAGCUUGAUACAGCUCCCUUUGCAUAAAGGGAAAGAGAGUGGAAUGCUUCGUUUGCAGUCCUUGAUUGGGACAAUAACUUUGAGAAGGACAAAAGAUACAUGUUGUGAUGGCCAAAGAUUGGUUGCAUUGCCACCAAAAAUUGUUGAAACAUGUUUCGUGGAGCUUUCUGCUGAAGAACGUGAAUGUUACGAUGAAAUGGAGUCACAGGCACAAAGCAUCAUUAGGCGGUAUAUUGAUGCAGGCACCGUGCUCCAUCACUAUUCCACUGUUCUUUAUUGCAUAUUACGGCUGCGGCAGAUUUGUAAUGAUGUGGCAUUAUGCCCUUCAGACAUUGCAUCUCUUCUUCCGACUAGUGCUCUUGAAGAUGUCUCCAACAACCCAGAAUUGCGAAAUAGGUAUCUUUCUAUGAUUGAAGAUGGAGAUGACUUUGAUUGCCCAGUAUGUCUCUCCCAGCCUGAGAAAGUUGUUAUUACACAUUGUGCUCAUAUUUUCUGUGAAGCCUGUAUUUUAAAGGUUUUGAAACGCACCAAUCCUCCGUGCCCCAUCUGUCGACGGCAAUUAUCUAGAUCAGAUCUUUUCUUGGUUCCACCAACAAAGACUUCAAAUGACAAUGAGGAUGAUUUGCAAAAAAUGGUCAAUUUUGAUCGACCCCUUUCCUCAAAAGUCAAGACCUUGUUGAAGCUCUUAAUAACAUCCAAAGAAGCAAACCCUUCAGAAAAAUCAGUUGUUUUUUCUCAAUUUAGGAAGAUGCUGAUCUUGCUUGAGGAGCCGCUAAAGGCUGCAGGUUUUAGGGUAUUGCGUUUGGAUGGCUCUAUGAGCAUGAAGAAAAGGACUGAAGUAAUUCAAGAGUUCGGAAAGAAUGGUUCUCAUUCAUCAACAGUACUACUUGCUGCACUUAAAGCUGCUGGUGCCGGAAUAAAUCUCACAGCAGCAUCAAGAGUAUAUUUGGUAGAUCCCUGGUGGAACCCGGCGGUCGAGGAGCAAGCAAUGGACAGGGUUCAUCGGAUUGGGCAGAAGCAGGAAGUGAGAGUCAUUAGGUUGAUUGUGAAAGACAGUAUUGAAGAGAGGGUACUUGAGCUCCAAGAGAGAAAGAAAAGGUUGGUUGGCGGCGCAUUUGGAAGGAAGGAUCCUAAGUCACAGGCAAACAUGCGUGUGGAAGACAUCCGCACAAUGAUGCAUCUGUGAGCUUUUCUCCUCUCCCUUGUGUUCUCGUUUUUGUCCUAACUUGCACACUGCCAAUCUUGAUACAAAGUGUGCUAAUUUUUGGCCAAUGUUAUGGUUGCUAGAUCAGCUUGUGAAUUACAUGUUUCCUUUUCA